CUCGUUCAAACGACUGCGGUGCAUCUCUUUUUUGGAAGCAAUGUAUGCAACAAAUAAAAUACAAAUUUCAACGAUGUGUUCGUAAAAUAUGACCUUUGAACGUAUGAUGGAAUGCGCGUUCAAGGCUGGAGAUGUUGUGAAAGCUAAUUAUACAUUUAAGAAGGACAAAAAUGAGGAUUUACCAUUUAACGAAAAUGAAACACUAGAAAUUAUUAAUAUCGGCAAAGAUCCAAAUUGGGCCCACGCGAAGAAUGCUGUUGGUGAAACUGGACUCAUCCCUCUAAAUUACGUUCAGCGUAAGACGGAUGUUUUAGAGGACCUCAAAGAUCACUGUUGGUAUCAUGGACGAAUUUCUCGUGCUGAAUCCGAAAGUUUGCUUUCUGGUAGUCCUGUUGGAAGUUUUCUAAUACGUGAAUCUGAUCUGUACAGUGGUGGCUUAACAUUAUGUGUUGUUGGACCUUCAUGUACAGUUGGAAGCGUAGAUGUAACUGAACAUCAAAAUUCUACAAUGGCACCUUCAGAUUCCGCAACUAAUGUUCAGCAUUAUCGCAUAGUUCGUAGACCUUUUAAAUCUGCCCAUCCCAUCCAACAUUCCGACUAUCCUACACCUUCAAUUUGCAGCAAAAUCCAUUACACAUUAGAUGAAACUGAUUGGUUUCCAAGCCUUUUAGAACUAGUUCAGUUUUAUUCACAACCUAAACGUGGAUUAGUUUGUGCACUUCUUCAUCCAAUUCCAGAUAUGCAAAGAAAACGAUUAAACAAAUUACAAAAAUCUGGUUAUCUUAUUUUUCGUAAAGAAAUUCAAUUAGGUGAUCGUAUUGGACGGGGUGAAUUUGGUGAAGUUCUUAAAGCUACUUAUCAUGGUCGACAAGUAGCUGUGAAAAUUUAUAAAAAGACUGCAUCUAAAUUGGCUAUCACUUAUGAAGCAUCACUGAUGACAAAAAUAAAUCAUCCUAAUUUAGUGUCCUUUAUUGGUUUAGUAUAUGAACCAGACGAUGCAGUGUAUUUAGUUACAGAAUAUUUAUCCAAUGGUAGUCUGUUGACUUAUUUACACUCACGUACACGUGAUGAAAUUACUGAAUUGACAAAAUUAAAAUUCAGCACUGAUGUUUGUCGUGGUCUAGUCUAUCUUGAAGAACGUGAUUUCAUUCAUCGUGAUAUAGCGGCUAGAAAUGUCUUAUUAUCUGGAAAAAUGCCUAAUUUAAUUGCUAAAGUUGCAGAUUUCGGUAUGGCUAGAGAUUUACACGAUUUAUCAAGUUUUUCCGGUGUUCUGUCGCAUCAACCAUUAUCAAAUAAAUUGAAUACAACACCAACAUUAGUAAUUAGCAGUAAUUCGCCAACAAGUGAUCAUAGUGUUGAUAAAUAUUCAAAAACUAAUCAUCAUCAUCAUCAUCAUCAUGAAACUCAUUGUCAAUCAAAUGAGCCAGUUGAUGAUAAUGAUGAUGAUGAUAAUUUAACAUCUCCUCCAUCAUUAAAUCCAAUGGUAUUACAUGAUAAUGCAGCAAUCCCAUUGAAAUGGACAGCUCCUGAAGCGGUGCGCGAUCGACUGUUUACAACAAAAUCUGAUGUUUGGAGUUAUGGUAUUCUAUUAUGGGAGAUUUAUUCGUAUGGACGUAUACCAUAUCCACGAAUGAUGGCUAAUCAAGUAUUACGUCAUAUUGAAUCUGGUUAUCGAAUGAAAUCACCGGAAGAUUGUCCAUCAACAAUCUAUUCUUUAAUGUUACGUACAUGGCAUAGUGAACCAAGUAAUAGACCAAGUUUUGUAGAAAUAUUAAAAGAACUUAUUCAAUUGCGUAAUAAUAAUAAUAAUAAUAAUAAUAAUAAUAAUAAAUCAUUAUCUCCAUCUAUCCCUUCCAUUGUUGCAUCAACAACUCACAUUCAUCCAAUGUCUAUCAUGAAUAAUAUUAAUAAAUCAUUUCCUAUUGACUGUGAUAAUUCAACUCCAUGGGAUUUACAUAGAAAUAAUCCAAUAAAAACUGUGACAAAUAAUACUCACAAUAAUAAUAAUAAUGAUAAUAAUAAUAAUCUGACAACAUAUAAUAAACAAUCGGAUAGUCAUGAAAAUCGAUCAAUAAUGAAAAAAAAUCAGUCCACUGAUUUAACAUUAACUCGUCAUAAAAGUAUUCAACGACCGAAAACAUUAGCUGAUUUGAUAACUGAACCAUUGUAUAAUAAUAAUAAUAGUAAUAAUAAUAACGAAUUAAAUGGACCAUUUUAUUCUCGUCAGCAUAAAUCACCGAAUCGAACUAUUUCAACAAUGAGUCGUUCAUUUAUAUCCACUUUAAAAACAACAUCUAAUCAUAAACCUGCAACAUGUUGUACUACACCCAAUGAAUCAUGUCAUAAAUUCACAAAAUGAAUCAACAGAUUAAUUCAAUCCCAUUUAUUGAUUAUUUUCAACGUUUCAUUUCUACUCUACUCUUCUGUUCAUUUUUUUUUAUGUUGCUGCUUCUUCUUCUUCUUCUACCUCUACCUCUUGUAUCAAUUAGUCGAUGUAAUUUUUGAUGAAUAUUCGAAUGCGCCUCCUUCUUUGUUGUUGUGUACAAUUAUGUUAUUAUAAAAUUAUGAUUAUCAUUAUUAUUUUCCGGUUUUGUUUCCGCUUAUGUUAUGGUGUUUUUGUUAUAUAAUUAGACAUUGUCUUUAUUAUCAUUAUUAUUAUUAUUAUUACCAAUUCUAAGUCUACUCAUGCUUAGACUAUACUGUAUUAUAUAUAUAUAUAUAUAUAUAUUCAUAUACAUACGUACCUACAUACACACAUACAUACAGGUUUUGUAUAUGUUGACCAUGUCAACAGAAAAAGAGAGAGAGGAGUUAUCUUAUUUUAACUUCAACGUUGAGUCUUGCAGUUUGAUUUUUUUUUGUUUUCUGAUUUUAUUUGUUUUCUAUCAUUAUACAGUGUGAGAAAGUGUUGAUUUCAAUUAAUUUAACAUAGAGUAAGUAGUAUGUGGUGAUAUAUAAUACACAUGUAUAAUGAUGAUAUUAAACUUAAACUUAUUU